AUGGACAAACCGUCUCGAAAGCGGUCUCGAAACGGCUGCUUUACGUGCCGAAGGCGCAAGAAGAAAUGUGACGAGUCGCUGUAUCCUCAGUGUCGAAACUGCCACACUAAUGAGUUGCAGUGCACAUGGCCAGAGCAUGUUGUGAAGGCCAAAACGCUAAGAGGUUCAGAUCCUGAAAAUGUGAAGAUGAAACCAGAGGCUCCGGAAGCCCAACAAAGCAUUCUCCCUCAGCAGAGACUAGGGAGGACUAUAGAUCCAGCUACAUUGAUACUGAGCAGUCCCAACACAUAUACAGCGAAAGAAGGUCUUCGACGGCGCUCGGACCCACAUCUUCCCACUUUGGAAGAAAGCUAUACCAAUUAUUUCAGCCAAGUGCCAGAAUCUGGGGUACCACAAAUUUCGCAGCCAGUGCUCAGUGGAACGCCGCAGCAAGAAUAUCGCAUAAGUAAGCCCAAGAUAGAGGCGGAAAGAAAGAACGAGAAAAAAAGUAACUACUUCUUGCAAAGAAUCGCCAUGCAGCAGGAUUGCGUGGAGGAGGAGGACAAGGAGGAAGAGGAUGUGUAUGAGAAUGUGGACAAGGACCUUAUUCGGAACUUCAUAGCCCACCAGAUGGAUCUAGGAGAUACUUUCAAGCGAGCAUGA